AUGCCGUCUCGAGCCCCGAUGGACAUAUCGACGGUUGCAGGAGGGUCGGUAUUACUGCCCUGCUACUGUACCGACCUGCGCUCCAAACCUGAGAGAUUAAUCUGGAAUAAACACAACAGAACAACAAACCAAUUGGAUAUUAUAUCCAGUGAGAGUUAUGGGUACAGAAAAAGAAUUCAGCUGUUUAAUCAUCUCUCACCCGCUAAUCUCUCUCUACUCAUAUCACACCUGACUGAAGAGGAUGCAGGAGAUUACUGGUGUGAUGUUGAAAACGAUAAAUACGUAUUCAUCAAACUCAAGAUUGAAGCAGAGUUCAGAGAACAAAGCAGUCCCAGCAGCUCUCUAACUCCAACUAAAGAUACCAGACUUGUUAAAACUCCAGAAACCAGCAUGUAUUACUUAAUCUUUCUUCCUCCUCUGCUGCUCCUGCUGGGAGCGGGAGGAGCUGUUUUUCAUAAAUAUAGAGGACAGAGACUAGGUCAGAUGGAGAGCAGAGAUCAAAGAGGGAGGAGGAGAGAGGAGCAGGAGACUCAAGAUCAAGUGAUGUACUCUACUAUUGUCCACAGUAACACGACCAGAACAUCCACAGUGAUUGGCACUGGAGAAAAGAUUGAAUAUGCAACCAUCAGACUUAACUAAUGCUUUCUCCAAUGGCUUUAUCUAAACUUGAUUUCAAUAUAAUUUUAACAUUAAAAGGUGUAAAUAAGUAAAUCCUCAGCUUUAAACUCUUUAACUUCAUGAUUUAUAAUAUUAUUAUUAUUAUUAUUAAUAUUAAUAAUAAAAUGGGCCAAUGGCCAAGCAUAUCUUAACAUAACAGAGGGAAUUUUUUGUUCUUCUGAGAGUCACUAAAAGGGAAUACAAAACAGAUGAUGUGCAUCAAAAUCCAUUCUGCACGCUGUUACUAUGAAAUCUCCUGCAGUUGCAUUAUUUGAACACCAGAGGGCAGAAUUCAGCUAGAGCAGGGCAUAGAACCUGUAGGCGUCAGCAAAGGGCGGAGGAUAUGUCAAACACUUUAGACUGCAGCCAAUCACACAACCGCUUUUUGAUGUCAGUCACUUUUUUAAGCCAAUCAACAGCCAGAGUUUGCUGUCCAUCAUUUUUUGUUGCAGCUUCCUCAAAGGGUUUGUUAUUGAUCUGUUGUUUCUCUUGGCUGUGUGAGCUGGGGCUGAGCCUGGUGCUCAUUAUUAAUAAAGUAAACUAAAGUAAAGUAAGUAAAUUAAAGUCAUCAAAAAUUGAAAUGCUUCAGUAAAGAUACACAAAAAUGUUAUUUAAGUACAGUAUUUACAUUGACUUCAUUACUGUUCACCACUGUUCAGCUUAUACGUCUUAUACAAUAGGUUCAAUCUAGAUCAGUUAAAUUAUAUUAAACAUCAGGGUAGUUUGUUUUAGCUUAAAACACUGUUUGUAAUAAUUAAUAAUAAAUAGAACUUAUACAAAUAUUUAUAAAUGGAGCAUUUAUAGAAGGUGUAUUGUUGAGUAAGUGAGUGUAUCGUUAUGCCUCUAUAGUUUACACUUCACAAUUAUUUUUUUUUGUUGAUAAUUUACAUCUGUUUAAAAUAUCAUGAGAAAAUUGAAUUGUAAUUGUAAACCUCGAUCGUGAAUGGAAUCAUGAACAGAGUUUAUCGUUACACCCCUAGUGUGCUGUGUUGUUCUGAUGGGAGGUAAACAGGUUGAUGUUUUUAAAUAAUGCUGUAAGAAAGAGAAAGAUGCUCCAGAGUGACGUGAAUUCUGGAAUUCUGGCAAGUGUUUUUUUCUUUGGCUCAAAUUAAUGCGCAUUAUCAAAUUAUGUGCAAAAUGAAAUACUACUAUAUAAACAUACAUUAUAUCAAA